UUUAUUUUUAUCCUUAAUAUGUUAGUGUGUCGUUGAUGCUUGUCUUUCUAUUUCAUUUAGAGUAUCUUUUAUUCUCAAUAUUUUCAUUCGAAUAUACUGAUCUAUUUGAGUAUUCGAAUUACAGUGAUUAAUGGGUCAUCUUGUUUUCCCAAUUCAUCUUGCUUUCAGUGGCCAAUCUAUAGUUGGUUCAAUCACUCCAACAAAACCACCACCAUUUGGGUCAGCCUCUGUAGUUUCAUGUUUGCAGCCCUCGCCGGAAGCCUCCAUGCUUGGUCUGUGGUUACCGCUUCCCCUCAUAUCCAUCUACACAUGCAUUACGCCUGCCAACUGUUUGAGAGAAUCCCGCAACGAGAUAUCGAAUUUUGUGAGACAAAGUCUUCAACGCCAUGCAGAACCUCUUGUUUUCUUCAAUGAAACGAAUAAUCCACGUGUCAUGUUCUUAUAGGAGAACAUUUUCAACCGUCAUAACUAACUUCUAUAACUAACUCCAACAAAGCUAAUAAACCUCUCAUCCAAACCAUUUCUCUUUUCUCCCUCUUCAACCAGAAACUUGUCAACACAUCAAUGAGAAAUCAGAAGUUUAUUAGCUUUGAAGAAGGAUGGGAGACAUUGCUGAAGGGUAUCACCAAGCUCCACAGAUUUCUAGAAGGAUUGGAGCCUACCUUCACUCUUGACGAACACAUCAAGCUAUAUUCGACCGUCUACGAAUUGUGCAUCCAAGAGUACAUCAUACCUCGUGACUAUGCCCGAGAACUAUAUGUCAAGUACAGGGAAACAUGUGAAGAGUACAUUGUAUCAAAAGUUUUGCCAUCUUUGCGAGAAAAGAAAGAUGACAUUUUGUUGAGAGAACUACUCAGAAGAUGGUCAAAUUACAAAGUUAUGACCCGGCGCCUCUCAUAUAUUUUUGAGUAUCUUGACCAGUAUAUUCGAAGACAUGGGCUUACUUCUCUUGAAGAAAUCAACUUUUCAUCCUUUAACCAUGGGAUUGAUCAGAAACUUGCAGGAGAGAAGAUUGAUCAUACAUUUGUUAUUAAUACAUUGGAUUUCUACAUAAAGUUUUACAAAUGCACAAAAAAGGACAAGGCAGAGUUAUGUCAACAAGAUUUAUCAAAAAAAAUCAACUUGAGAAGCUCUGACGGGACUGUGUUUGAAAUUGACUAUGGUGUGGCCCUUAUGUCAAAAAGAUUCGAGGACAUUACUGAGACCAUUUCUGUUGGUGAUAAGGUUGAUGACUUUUCUGUUCAUAAAGUGAGCAGCAAAAUAUUGAUAAUGGUUGUUGAAUACUGCAAGAAGCGCAGAAGCUAUUAUGAACAAAUGAACAGGGAUGAUAGAUUUGUCAAAGUUGACCCUAAAACGCUGCUUGAUCUUACAGCAUGUGCAUGCUACAUGAAAAUCGAGAGCCUGGAGAAGCUGACAUGGAGCAAAGUUUAUGGCUUGAUAAAAGGAAAGACACCAGAGGAAAUUGCUCAGAUUUUUGGGGAUGUAGAUGACUCAAACUCCAAGUUAUUAGAAGAGAACAUACAAAGAAUAGAGUCUUUGGAGAUGUAGAUGUUUACCAUUGGACGUACAUUGGAUCUAAUCCAAUUAGAGUUGACAGAAUGUUUGUAAAUAAAUCCUUACGCAAUUAUAGAAGGCUUAAAUGGGUAAUUGAUGGUUUAGAUCAUAAGAUAGAAGGCUUAAAUGAGUAAUUGAUGGUUUAGAUCAUAAGAUAGGGUAUUCCCACUAUAUUUUGAGGUUUUGAGUGGUGUGGUUUAUAGUCUUAAAUCUAUGAGUUCAGAAUAGAGGUUAUUAUUAGAAAUUUUGAGCAUUUCCAAUCCAGUGGAGAGUAUUUUACUCAUUUAAGCCUUUCCUAUUGGAGAUUUAAUAGAAUAGUCCUUAAUUGUUGAUAGUAAAUUUUACAUUCCUCUCUAAAGUCAUGACAGGUGCACAGGCUAUAUCAUCUACUCAACAUAUAAAAUAAAAGAGUUUGACAAGCC